GAGAGAAGAAUCCACUUUCUAAGUAAGAAAGAGAAGGACAAUAACCCCGAGUUUUACGAGAUUUGUGCGGGUUGCUGCAGAGGAAUACGGUAACAGCUGGAGAUUACGGUACUCGCUAGGCUACCGCCUGCCUUGUACUACGUCAACCCGAGCCGCAAAGUUCCAAGCCGCUCUUUUCUGGUGUCCAGAAACUGAAUAUCAAACUGGUGAUCGUGGAGUUAUUGGCUCGCUGUAUUUGUCAUUUCUUUUCUCUAUUUUCAGUCUUUAUUUUUAAAAGAUCCGGGAGAAACAGAAGCGAGCCCGGAGUUUGAGGUGCUCGGUAGUGGUGUGUGGGGUGAGUCAGCGGGUGCUAAGGACUGGGUCUUGGUCUUUGGAGACUGCCCCCCCCCCACGCCCCAUUCUCCUGCAGAGAAGCAGCCGGCGCUGCAAGGACUGAAGGUCCGCUUCUCCUGGCGCCAGGGCCUCCGCAGCCGCGCAGCAGCUGGAUUCAGAUAAACGAAGCUCCAGGGCCACUACGGUCUCCUCAAAUAUUUCAGACCCAUGUCACUUAGCCAGAACUCCUAGACGCUGGAGCUAGCGACAUCCCAUAGAUGGGCGGACAAGUGGCGAGUAACUGCGGGUCGUCUGCAGCACCCAUAUGCCCAGCGUCCCUGCCUUGAGCUUCGAAGGCCGAGCCACACUUAGCUACCAUUUCAGCAAAGACUGGUCAUAGACUUGUGAAUUUCUAAUUGUGUGGAUGCACAGAAUGGAUCAGACUGCACAGAAAAGCAGAUUUUUGUAAUUUCAGGUUGCUUCCGCAGCCUGUCCUUUUAAACCUUGGGAAGGUGUCCCCAGAAACCCAGAGCGCCCCUGGCCAUGUCACCUUUAAUGCACUGUACCUUAACGUGGCCCUCUGAGGGUUUCCAAGGCUGCCCAGGGUGGUUUGCAACAGGUGUGUUCUCUCCCUACCGGAGCCCAACCCAGCUGUCAGGAGUCCCCCGAGCUGAGAUUUUUUGACUUGGCUUCCUCACACCCGGUUUCGCACAGGCCCCACCCCCACUCCUGGAGGGUGGCCAUCCAAAGCCUGACCUUGCCCCCUCCCUGAGACCAUGGUGCUUCUCUCUGAAAAUGCUUCGGAAGGCUCCAACUGCACCCACCCACCAGCUCCGGUGAACAUUUCUAAGGCCAUUCUGCUUGGGGUGAUCUUGGGGGGCCUCAUCAUUUUCGGAGUCCUGGGGAACAUUUUAGUGAUCCUCUCAGUGGCCUGUCAUCGGCAUCUGCACUCCGUGACUCACUACUACAUUGUCAACCUGGCUGUGGCAGACCUCCUCCUCACCUCCACUGUGCUGCCCUUCUCUGCCAUCUUUGAGAUCCUGGGCUACUGGGCCUUUGGCAGGGUGUUCUGCAAUAUCUGGGCGGCCGUGGACGUCUUAUGCUGCACAGCGUCCAUCAUGGGCCUCUGCAUCAUCUCCAUCGACCGAUACAUUGGUGUGAGCUACCCGCUGCGCUAUCCCACCAUUGUCACCCAGAGGAGGGGCGUCAGGGCUCUGCUCUGCGUCUGGGUGCUUUCUUUGGUCAUCUCCAUCGGACCCCUGUUCGGCUGGAGGCAGCCGGCUCCAGAGGAUGAGACCAUCUGCCAGAUCAAUGAGGAGCCGGGCUACGUGCUGUUCUCAGCGCUGGGCUCUUUCUACGUGCCACUGGCCAUCAUUCUGGUUAUGUACUGUCGAGUCUACGUAGUAGCCAAGAGAGAAAGCCGGGGCCUCAAGUCCGGCCUCAAGACGGACAAGUCAGACUCAGAGCAAGUGACGCUCCGCAUCCACCGUAAAAAUGUCCCUGCAGAAGGCGGCGGAGUCAGCAGUGCCAAGAAUAAGACUCACUUCUCAGUGAGGCUGCUCAAGUUUUCUCGAGAGAAGAAAGCUGCCAAGACGCUGGGCAUCGUGGUGGGUUGCUUCGUCCUCUGCUGGCUGCCGUUCUUCCUAGUGAUGCCCAUUGGGUCUUUCUUCCCGGAUUUCAAGCCUUCGGAAACCGUUUUUAAAAUAGUAUUUUGGCUCGGGUAUCUAAAUAGUUGCAUCAACCCUAUCAUAUACCCAUGCUCCAGCCAGGAGUUCAAGAAAGCCUUUCAGAAUGUCCUGCGAAUCCAGUGUCUUCGCAGAAGGCAGUCUUCCAAGCAUGCCCUGGGCUAUACCCUGCACCCGCCCAGCCAGGCUCUAGAGGGACAGCACAGAGACAUGGUGCGUAUCCCGGUGGGCUCGGGAGAGACUUUCUAUAAGAUCUCCAAGACAGAUGGAGUCUGUGAAUGGAAGUUUUUCUCUUCCAUGCCCCAGGGAUCGGCCAGGAUUACAGUGCCAAAGGACCAAUCUGCCUGUACCACAGCCCGGGUGAGAAGUAAAAGCUUUUUGCAGGUCUGCUGCUGUGUGGGGUCCUCGGCCCCGCGCCCUGAAGAAAAUCACCAAGUUCCAACCAUUAAGAUCCACACCAUCUCCCUCGGUGAAAACGGGGAGGAAGUCUAGAGGAUGGGAAAGGUCACAGGAAAAGGGAGAACACUAGGUACUGCUGAUUUUCCCACUCGGAAGGCCAGGACCAUUCAACAGGGGAAAGGGGAGAAGGAGGAUGCCAGUUUAUCAGGCGAGUGGGUAGAGCACAAGGGAAGAGGCAGGACGUAGGGUAACUGACCGCUUCUAAGUGAUGAGAGGCCCAUUUCCCUCAGUCGUUCUCUGAUCCUGCUUUCCACUACUGACCCUUUCAACAAGAAAUACCAUGGGAAAGAAAAUUUCAUACACAAUCCAAAAGACUAUAAAUACAGGAUGAUGAUUUCAUUGUGAAUAUUUUGAGCACACACUCUAAGUUUGGAGCUAUUUCUUGAUGGAAGGGAGGGGAUUUUAUUUUCAGGCUGAACCUACUGGCGACUACAUUUGACAUUUAUGGAGAGGGGACCUAACAGAAAGGGGUGUAAGGUAAUGGCCAGCAUGCUUUUACAGCAAGUUUAGAAACACCCCAUAUUCUCAGCUUGGGUGAACCUGGAAGUGUGGGUGGUGGUGGUGGUGGUGGUGGUGGUGGUGGUGGUGGUGGUGGUGGUGGUGAUGGUGGCCGUGCUUCUCAGUGGUUGCUCUCUGAUUGGUUCCUUAUCCCCAUUUGAAACUGGGGUGCAUUUUCCACUCUUGGAUCUGAGGAGUGAGGCCAGGACUAAUCAAGGACAGCACACUUUUACCAAGACAAUAAGGCAUGCCUGAGGCAGCAGUUCUAAGACCUGGUGGUGAAGGAAGGCUCCUUCUUUUAUCUCCAUAAAGAGCAAGAGGCUGGAAUGGGAUGGACACUGACAUUCAGGCUAAUGCCCUGCUUAAUCUUUGAUGUGAUAAGCAAUUCGCCUUUUUCAGAACUUCAUAAUGGGAUGGCAGAAUGCUGGCUUCCUUUCCUCCCACUCCCUUCACUACAGUGUAUUGAAUGGAGUUCACUUGUGGCAUGUAGAAUGAGACUUAGGGUCCAGAUGCACCACCGCCUGAGCUUCCAAACAUAUUGAGGCCUAUCCUCAAACACUUAAACUCAUUGCCAAACAACUGCCCAAAUAGAUUUCUACGUUUUGCAAAACCUGUGAAGAUGUGCUUUUUUUUUAAAACCAAAUCCUUGCAUUCUUUGUGUUCCAGAUUAUUACAAGUGGUGCCUAUUAAUCACAUGUAAUAACUAAAAUAUGCCUACCAUUCUACCAUAAGAAUUGUAAGAUAAGGUUUAUGGCUGUGGCAGCAACUCUAACAAGAAUCACAACUACCAAUGUUUUCUUAUAAUUUCUUGCCCCACUCACCUGAUUUCUUCUAAGAGCUUCAGAGCAGGUUGAAGCUACCAUGAAACCUUCACAAUGAGGCUCCUGACCUUUACACCUUUCCUUUCCUCCUUAUAUCAAACGAACUCUUUUCUACCAGCCUUUCUAAGGGCAGGUCUUUACCCACGUUGCAGUGGAGGAACUGUUAGCAUGUGGCUCUGGGUGUUGUGGUUGCUUGUCUUGGAACUUUGACUAUGACCUGCUUCCUCUACCUUUUCCUGGAUUCUGUCUUCCUAUUGGCUGGCUAGGUCAUUACUCAGCCUUGUGUUCUGAACUUGGCUUCUGCUACUGAGAAGUUGGCUAGGAUUCUACCAACUCUUGGGCUCUCUGCAUAGCUCUUAACAACUCUAACAGAUGUGGGUGUGUUGAUAUCUGGAGAGAACUCCAGAAUGCAAACCUGUCUCGUCUUCUCUAUAGGCUUCAUUGUUCAGAAUAUCAUCCUUCUAAAUCUAAAUUCUAAAGCCCACUCUUGACCAUGUCACCCCCUCAUAGAAGGGCCUCCUUACGGGAAGAGGAAUCUUAGCUUUUUUCAGCAGAGUACCAUUCCGUGUUACCAGUCAUCUUUAAAUCCCUUGAUAAUAAAAUGUAAAUGUUAACAGUGAGAAAGCUUAGGCACACUAAAAAGCCACCCACCAUUGGUGCCAUUUCUAAUCAGAGAAAAGGAAAAAACAACUAGAAAAUGAGUUGUCAGAUACAGCCUUGACAAGCAUACACUUGUAAAGGUAUCCAUAAACAAUCGCCUGCACACUGCCGGCAUCCCUCCAUCCGAGGAGGCGAGUACCUAACAGCUUGUUCACUCCACAGCAGGAUACACUGGAUAGAAGCGCACCAACUUUAUAAGAAAUUGAUAAUGCCACCGUAGUGUCAAACACAGGGUAAACAACUUAGAAGUGGACUUGCAUUUUCAUCAUCCACCAGAAAUGUCUGUACUGUUGAGUGUGCCAAAAACCGAAGUGGUUGCGGCCAAACAAAUGAUUGUCAUAUUUAUAUUCACGUGUUUACUGCUUCUAUUUGGAGUUUGAGGAAUUUACCCAGAGUAACCCCAGUUAAAAUGUCCUCUUCUGUGUGUUCUAUAAAACCAUUGCUUUCGGGUUGUCUCUAUGUCACAAAAUCAAUCCGACACUGCAGUAGGGAAUUUGAGUCCCAUCUUAGAUUCAAACCCUGUAUAUGAAGAAGGACCUUGGAUCUCUUUGGUCAAAAAAAUCUCUCCAGAGCAUCAGAGAUGUCACUCAGUUGCUAGAGUGCUUGCCUCCUGGACACUUGACCAGCAGGACCUAAAACCUGAGUAGUGGCUCAUGACUAUAAACUCAGCUUUCAGGAAGUGCAAAUAGGGGGAUCAAGAGUUCAAGGUCAUCCUUGAAUACUUAGUAAGUUUGAGCCAGCCUAGACUACUCAAGACACACACAAACACACACACACACACACAGAGAGAGAGAGAGAGAGAGAGAGAGAGAGAGAGAGAGAGAGAGAGAGGACAGAGGGGGUGGGGAGGGAGGAAGAGAGAGAGAGGACAGAGGGGGGUGGGGAGGGAGGAAGAGAGAGAGAGAGAGAGAGAGAGAGAGAGAGAGAGAGAGAAGGCUAUAUCCGCUGUGAGAAAAGCACUUUUCUUUUCAUAGCCUCAUCUAUGAAUGCUUCUGCAUGAAAUCACUCUUCGUUUAACAAACUUUGCAGAGCACCAAGGCUUCUGAGCCUCCUCCUGAUUGCUAGUCAUGGUUUAUAUGAACACCUAGGAAGAAUGCCUCUUCAAAAACACACACAAACAAGUGUAACAUUCAUUCUCAAUCACCUGCAUUCCAACUUUUAUUUUACAACUUAGCAAGAACAGAAGAGCUAGAGGCAUUCCACUAGGAACUGCAGGGCAUGGACUGGGCUCAUAAUUUUCAUAUAUGCCAAUCAGAGUGGAAGGCUCAGAAUGCUGCUCUCCAGGUAGCCAGAGACUGUGGUUAAUUUUGACGACAGGCCAUUGGUAAGCAGCUGUGCAUCUUAGUUUGCUUCCUUUUCUAUAUGAACCACCAUGAAGACCUCCUAGACCAGCAGGUUUUGGGGUAAAAGCCUGGGGAGCAAAACUAUUUUAGGAACCAUUUUCUUGAGCAGGUAAUUGUUCAUGUGUUAAUCACCACUCCGUAAUCACCGCUAACAAACAUUCCUAAUUGCUUCUGGGGAGAGCUCUGUCCCCAUCCUCUUGCCAAAAUAUGAGGCUGCCUCUUCGAUGAAUUCCCUGCUGACUUAAUUAGGGAAGAGAUUGGCUCAUCUGCAAAGGGAAAGCGAACAGGUGGAUGUUCAAGCAAGCAGAUGAAAGGCAAGUGAAAACCAGGGAGACAAGACAAGACAGAGGUAGCAGAUCCGCAGGCCUCAGAUAUACUCACUAUCACUGUGGUCUCUUUUUUUACACUACCAGGGCUUUUAUCCAUGAAGCCACCUGUGCGACAGAGCCCAGUUGGAACACUUCACCUGCUCUGGGCUGACAAACUAAUGCUGAGGAGCUGUGCUGAGGCCACAUCUUCCAAAAGCCAUGGCAACAGUGGCCUCCCGCCCUCCAAGGUCCCCGCAAGAUGAAGGAGUGGACAUGACUGUUGGGGGCCUGGGUUGGGAAGCAAGCUAGGAUUUCAGCAGACAAUGCCCGCCCCAGGGAAAGGUGCCAUUGGUAGGAUCUCCUUCAUGUUUCCCAGACCUAUGGCAUAAGGGUGAGCUGAGAAAGAGGCUUACCUGCUCUCUGCAGAGAAUGUCAUGGUUCAAAACACCACUGCUGAACUUACAAAGGCCUUAGGAAUGGCAGGGAGCACUGAAGGGAAGAUUGACCAUAGCUGUGGCUCAAAGCAGAGAGGUUUAGUUAUGCUUUUCCUUGACUGAUAAGCAAGGAACUGCCCUGAAACUGGAGGUUUGGAUUUGGGAGUUCUUGCCAUACUGUCCCUGUAGCUCACGCAGAGCCAUCUCACUUAAGGCUGGAGGUGAUGAUUUGUUAAGUCGUGAAAAUACAGAUUUAGGUGAAAAAAAUCCUAGCACAACUUAGCACUGCAUUUAGAGAAAAGAAUAUGAUGAGCAUCCUGGUCUACAAAACAGGGUGAGUAAAAUGAGUGUCUGUGGAAGUCAUGGGGAAUGAAGGCUGAAAUCCCAAUAUGAAUUUAAGUUUAUGUGUAUCGCCACAUACUUACCCAGGUCAUUCCAGUGUGGGAGAAGGAAAAGAAAGGAAGGUUUUGUUGUUUUUUUUAAUCUACUUUUGGUGUGUGAAGAAAUAGAAGUUAUGAGUCAAGGACGUCUUUGAAUGCUCUCAUAUUCAAUCUGUAUUAGUGAUGCUUCCGUGUCCCCCAGAGUUCGCUGUGUAUUUUGACUCACUGACUUUCCUAGUGAGCUUCUUCAGUUCCAACUUGUAACCCCAGCUCAGUCUGGACCUUCUGCCCUCUUGUCCUGGCCAACAAUUGGGAAGAGCCUGUAGUUCAUGGCCACCCAUUCUUGCUUUCCUGGCUAACAGACAGGCAUGAAUCACUUUGUUCUUUCUCCAUAGAUAAGCUGCUACCAAACCAGGGAAAUUGUCAGGACAAUCAUUGCUUUUCUCAAUAGGGUGACAUGUAAUAACAAGCCAACUGUCACUGUCACUGUGAGGUCCUUAAGAACACAAAGGCCUCAAAGGGAACCUGUGGGCCAUUGGGCAUACUCUGACCAGCAGCCCCAGAUGGCCACUCUUCAUUGUACCACCCUGGUGUGAAACCAAAGAGAGGUGAUGAUAGUCCCCAGUGUAUGAGGUGGCAAGGUGGUGGUUUCAUCUAUUCGGAAGUGAAAAAUGUGCUUUUCCAAGAGACAUUGUUACAAAAUGGGGUGGGGGUUGUUCCUAGAGAAACCAAAAGUAAAUAAAUAAACACCUGUUUUAUGUAUACUAGGAGUUGGCCAACUGUUUCCAUAAAUGGCUAGAUGGUAAACAUUUUAGGUAUGGUGAACUAUAUGAUCUCUGUUUUGGAUCUUUUCGAGGGAAAAUCCUUUAAAAAUAUAGACCAUCAUUAACUCAAAAGACAGCAAGGAGUGUCCCAGGUUUAUCCCAUGGGCCACAACUUUUCUUCCCUGAUUCACACCACCACCAGUUGGUUAUAGAGCCAAUACUUGUGAACUCCAGCUGUAGGUGGUGAGCAUGCUUUUAUCAGGAGGUCACUAACCUAACAUACCCACUGGAAUAAAUCAACAUUCCCAACCUGUGUGAGUGGUUACAUUACGCAGCAAGUUCAGAACUUCAUGAUUGCCCAUCAGGUGGGAGUAGCAGAGAAAAGCACCUGCCAGUUCCACAUUGAAUCCUACCACAAAGGCAGGUCAGCAGAAAGUGCCAUGAGGGAGGAGUCUUCAAGGUUAGGAGGUAACUUCCCCCAUGACAUAUAUACAAAACUAACCCUAACCCCAACAUCAAUGCCAACCUUAAACAUGAAACCUAACACCGAUCCCAACCCUGACCCUAACUUUAAUACAAAACGUAACCCUGACCAUGACAUUGACCCUGACACUGAACUUGACCAAAAGCCCAGCCACAACCACAAACCUAACCCUAAUCCUACCCUAAGCUUAACCCUAAACCUACCCCUAUCCCUAUCCCUAACCCUAAACCUACCCCUGUCCCUAACCCUAACCCUAACCCUAACCCUAAGCUUAACCCUAACCCUACCCCUGUCCCUAACCCUAACCCUAAGCUUAACCCUAAACCUACCCCUAUCCCUAACCCUAGCCCUAACCUUAACCCUAAACCUACCCCUGUCCCUACCCCUAACCCCGACCCUACCCUGACCCUGAGCUGCUGCUUGGAAAGAUUUCUGAAGGACAUCUGAGAGAACUCUCAUGCUCUGGACAUCUUUCCCAAGCUCUCGAAGUCAGCUUUGAUUCUCCCUCGUCAUCUUGUGUCUCUGGCUUUUGUCUUUUUUUUCCUUAUAAACCUUCCCUCUCAAGAGUUCCUUAAAGCCUGUCGAGGCCUUGAUACAUGAGACUCAGUUUCCCCUUUACCUUGAGCGAUGACUAAUCCAUCAGGAAGCAUAUCCCAGGCUAAUGAUCCACAGGGAUGCUGUUUUCUCCAAGGCUCUGUUCCUUGCUCCUCCCAACACAUAGUCCAUGUGCAUCUGGGACUUGGGAUUGUCCUUUUCAUGGACCCUGCCCUUGAACUUGAAGGAAAAUUUCCACUCUGGAGAGUCUUCCCACACAUGUGUUCCAGUCUUUACCGGGAGUUUCAGCCUUUAUAUCCCUGUGUUCAUUUAUCAGGUGCAUUUCCACCCAAUUCUGCAGGCUCGCUCGGCUUCCAGAGCAUUUACUGUUUUCCUUACCGUACUGGAUGCUAGAAGUACAAAAUCAAGGCAUUGGGUUGUUUCUUCUUCACUGCGUCUUGACCUCCCCCUGAAUUUUCAUGUGGUCUUUUCUCUGUGUGUACACAAGUCCCUGUAAGAAUAUCUACUUCUUACAAGGACACUGGUCAUAUUGCAUUAAGAUCUGUCCCCCAUGACCUCACUGCACCUUAAUUAUCUUUCGAAAGACUAUUUCCAAAUACAGUCACAUUGUGAGGUGAAAAAAAAAGUUCAAAUUGAAGUGGGAAUUUAGGAGGCAUUCAGUUCAACUCAUGAGAUCCCACAUAUUCUCUCUUUUGUUCUCAUGCCAAAAGAUUUUUAAAAAAAUAUUCAUAAUCCUUUACCAGGAUAGGAAGUUCAAAUUCAGCCCUUUCUGUUUAUCCUCUACCCUGGCAAGUUUUUAUGCCAAUUGUCUGCAAAAAUGUAUUUAGCAACUAAUUAUGCACUUGCUUGUAUUCUUAAAACUCUUAAUACUUAGAGUAUUUUGAGAGGUACCUCAUAAACAUUGAUCUUAUGUGGGUUCUGACAGGACAGGGACAGUCACUCAGUACUGUCACUCAGUACACCACAAUACCCCUGAGAGAGGAAAGCCUUCCACCCCCAGCCAGGCAAGGAGGUAGAGGAGAAGAAAUGGCUGGGAGAACAAAUCAACAAGAACUUGGAAGGGCCAGGGCAAUGGUUGGAGACCUGGAGGUUUCUAGAGAUUUCAUAACUUUAUGCACCAGCUGUGGGGAAUCCCAAGCUGGCACAUGGUCCUGGGUGAGGUGGGCAUUUGAUCUCCAUGAGAAACAUCAGCACCCAAGAAAGCAGAACCCCAGCAUGCAAUGGGGCAGUCCCUUGACCACACAGUUGGAGUGAGGCAGAAAGUGGGAAGAAAGAUGAAUGGCAGCCUCAGUCCUGAGAACUGGGUCAGUAGGGCCCCAUGGGAACAAUGUGAUCACCCCAGGUCCCAUCUAUCAAAAUAACCAGAACAAAGGUCACGAUGGCCACUCCUGCUGAAAGAAAUUUCACUUAAGACCUCUGAGGAUCCCUUCUCUUCACUACUUCCCAAACCUCCCAGAACCCUAGUGAUGUGCUUUGCCCUUCUUCAGGGCCAUUGAGCACCUCACCCUGUCUACAUCACCUCGUGAAAUUCUACUUCUGCUUCAUCAUCUACCCCAGCCCUUAUGGUAGACAGAUUUACUGUCCCCACAGUCUCACUGUGACAAGCAUAGAACAAUGUCUUCUCCUCUGUCCUGAUUCCUGUCAAGAAGUGGAGAUCAUCCAUCCUCAUUAGGAAGCCUCUGCUCCUCCACAGCAUGGCGUCCUCCUCUCUGCUUUCCUUACACUGAGCUGUGCUUUGGUUUCCUGCCCUCAUCCCACCCCAAGCCUCUCAGGCAGGAAAUAUCUCUGGUCUCACUCUCUCUGUCACAGUGCGGUGCCAUGACAUGUUUAACAUUAGUCCAAUCUAGAAGUGAAGAAAGGAGAAUGUAUUGUGGAAUCAAAACCUACAGAAGUAUUUAGAGGCAGAAGUCAACCCAAAAUAAGUCUGAAUGUGUGGGUCUCUGUCUUGAUGUGUCCCUAAAGAUGUCUGGUGUGUUGUUAUUGUUGUUGUUGUUGCUGUUGUUGUUGUUUUCUCCUCUCUGAUCAAAAUCUGAGUAUAGGAUUAUGACUUCUCAGCAUGCAGUGUCUCCCCUUCCUGGUCCCUGUGUCAUAACAGAAGUGACAGUGGUUGUAAGAAGCAGAGGCAUGGGGUACAUUAACAAACAGCAAGAUGCCUGUGAGCCGCAACUUUCUACUACAGAAGAGGUGCUCAAAUAUCAGCUGAUAACAUAGGAAGGCUGUUAAAAAGGAUGGCCUGCAAAUACUUAGUAACCAUUCAUUGUCAGUUUUCUGCAAACUUGUUUUUGGUUUGUUUGUUUGUUUGUUUGUUUUAAAAAUGAAAUCCGUAUUAAUUUAAUUAAAAGGUAAAGCCCUUGCUUGCUCUCACCUCCAUUCUAGCAGCCAGCCUGACUCCUGCCUUCCUAGGUUGAGUAUUGCACCCAACCUUCAUCCCUAACUUCAAGUGAGAGCAGGCAGUCUGCUAGAGCCACCCUGUCUCAGCUACAAAAGCCCAAAUCAAAACGCAUGCUUUCCUCAUUAGAUGUAAAGAAAAAGAAAUUGCAUUCUCUAGACCCAAGAAGUUACAAACAGCGUCCUUUCAGCUAUAUCCAUAGUUACUUAACCCAAGAUAGCAGAUACCAACAUCAUCUCACUCCUUCCUUCCUGUGACUCUGAUGCAUGGUGCAGAAACGAGGCAGAAGUCAUAAAAAGUAGAUUGUUAGGUUCAUGGGGGUAAGCCAACUGAUAAAGUGUUUGCCUUGCAAGCAUUGUGAAAUCCCCAGAAGCCAUGAAAGAAAAUAGGUAGGAAAAACUGACAGAAAGGAAGGAAGAAAUAAAGGAAAGAAAGGGACCAUAGCUCAUAGCAUGGGGAGCAGACAUGUGGAUCCUGGAGCUGGCUGCCUUGCCAGCCUAGUCAAUUCACUGAGUUCCAGGUAAAUGUGAGAGAGUGUGCCUAAAAGACAAGAUGGUCAGCUCUUGAGGGACAUUUUCUGAGGUUUGUUUCUUGCCUACACACAUAUGCACACAUAGCUAUAUUUUUAGAACACAUGCUCCAGGCUAAACCCUUUAACACACUUUGAAAUGAUGACAUACCAAGGGACGAGAUUUUCUAGUCAUAUUAUAAACGAAAGAUUUUCACAGAAAGCUGGCACAAAGAUUUGUGCGAAUGGAGAGAGGGGAAGGUCUUCAGGGAGCUUGAGAAAUAGAAGCCUGAGACUUGACCCACCCAUUGCUCUGAAACGCUCUUGUGUGAACCUGACCCAGACUCAGCAUGCUGAACCUUGACCCAGUUCCACCCAGACCCCAGCCCAGGAGGAAAGCCAAAAUAAUGCCAUGAUUGGGUAUAAAGAAAGCUGUAGACAGGGCCAUCAGUCCUGGGCUUUAGUGUGUCUCCUGUCUCGAGGUGACUCUGAGCAAGCUCCUUGACCUCUCAGGCCCCAUACCUUCACCUGUGAAAUGUAGGUGUGAGAUGUGAACUCAGGAAGAUGCCUCAUGAGAUGAUAAAACCAACCAAUCAUGGUAGGCCUCUGCACACACCAGGGCACGCCCUGUUUGUGUAUUCCCCUCCCAGCUGUUCCCUACAUGGGACGAGUGUUAUUAAGGACCUGCAAGGCCUGACCACUCCACGUACAAUUGAGAGAUUAAGCCUUCCCUUUACCCUUCAUCCCUCCUCAGGCUUCCUGCGGGAUCACCAGCAGCCAUGGAUAACUUCUGUAUUAUUAGAAAGGAAGGCAGAAAGAAGCUGUACCAUGCCUGGUGCUACAUUCUGAAACUCAGACUUGGGCUCAGUUAUCUGUACCCUUUCCCCACUGUGCUAUUUUCUGUGGAUUAGAGAUGCCUUUACCUGGACAUUGCACUUUAAUAUUUUUUAAGUCAAACUCCCUAACCUACUUUGAAGAUGCCCACCUGGCCAGGGACCGUCUAGGCAGAGUGGUGCUUGUGCUUUCCUCACCUACCAGCUGGGUACAGGACGAGUUUUACAUUACGGAAGUGGCCCUGUGAAAGUCUUUACAUGCAUGGUGCACGUGUGUCUGUAAAACUGAUGCCACAAGAAAGAAAACACGUUCUGAGUGCAGAACAAGGCACAAGGGAUUGAACACAGAGCUUCAGUUUAAAUUUGUCCAAGCAAUGCCUGGCAACUAUCAGAAGUAAAUGUUUACAAGAUGAACAGCCAUUCCCAAUUACUAGCAGGAUCAGUUGGAGUUGGCAUGGAAUUGAGUGCCUGUCAUGUGAGCUGUAGGUCACAUGUUCUCCUCAGAUAUGACCAUGGGCCCUUCAAAGAACCUCUGGGAACCUCUGGACAGGUGACUUAAUGGGAAGGUCCACACUACUCAUGGCUGAGCAUGACUGGCACAUUUGAGAGGCUGACUCUGGCUAUCUCUUUGCCAACAGUCUCUCAUGACUCCAGAUCUCAAAUUUGCUCUAAGCAGAAGGGAAAAGUCAGUUUCUGAGCUGAGGUUCUUGGCCCAACUGUGCUUCAGAUAAACACAGCCCAGGGCUAUUUCAGUUCUGGAUUUUAGGGAGCAGCUGUGAGGUUAGAGAAAAAGCCAAGGGAAGAGCCUUGACCCAAGUGAAUGUUUCUCUGAGUGCUUGGAGAGAGAAAGCACUCAAGGGUCAGGAGGACAUCAUGGGGCUGUCCCAUUGAUGGCAGACAUGUAUCUCAAUUCUAAGAACCCUCUUCUCCAAGUUCUGACUCUAAAAAUGAGUGUUUGGGAUUCAGGGUAAAAAUUACUACUUUGUAAAAAGAGAGAGUUGUGUUGCAUUGAUACCUGGUUGUCUAAAAGCAGAUUAUGGGAGCCAGCAAGAUGGCUGAAUAUUUGCCACCAAGCCAGAAGAUUUGAAUUCAGUCCCUGGGAUCCACACGGAGGUAGGGGGAGAACCAAUUCCUUCAGUUGUUCUCUGACCUCCACACAUGUGCUGUACCACACAUGCAAAAUAAAUAAGUAAAUGUAAAACAAAGAAAACUCAUUUUAAAAAAAUCAUAAUAUGGUUCCCUAAAGGUCCACCUACCCUGCUUUUUAUUGAAACAUAUGCCUAUUACAGAAAGUGAUAUACCUAUCUGUGACUGAUAUCCAAUCUCCCCAAAUUAUCCUCUGUCCUUCUGAGAUCACCUCAAGAGAUGCUGAGUCCUGCCCAACAUGUGGACAUGUCCCUUGUCCAAGCAUCACCUCACAGGGACACAAAUCUCAGUCAUGUCAUAGCCUUCAACACUGGGACAAAAGCAGUUCAAUAUCAUAAAGUGAGCAUGGAUAACUUCCCCCAGUGGAUUCAUACAAGUUACAAACCAAAGGCUGAGGGUGGCCGGGCAUGAAUAUGGUCUAAAGUUGAUCCCCAGCACCAUAUACACACAAAAAUAGCUAAACACUGAAGUCCCUUUAGUGUUCCUCAAACCCUAGCAUAUCCAUAGAAAUAGAGGGAAGCCAGCACACAAAACAAAUCCCCACCUUCUUCCUGAGGAAGCUCCCACUGCAUCCAGCUGUGGGCACCAUCACUGAUCUAGGAUGUAGUACGGGCUUUCUAGGACCCAAGGAAUGAAGAACAACAGUGACAGAGAUAGUCUUCACCUUCAGGGCAUCCAUGCUCCAUGGGGGGGAGGAACAAAUUUGUGAGUGGAAUAGUUCUGGAGGAUCCUGUGAUCCUUCAAAACUAACCACAAAAUUAGGUUUCUCAAAAAUAUUAUCCCUUCUGGAUCCUGAAAGAAAAAGACAGUGAGUAAUAAAGGAAGUUGCUCCCCAAAAGGAAGGAGUACACCAAUGCUAGUCCAUCCCAAGUAUGGGCUGGGUUGCCCCCCCUUUGGUGUGCCAGGCAAUUAACUAUGGCAGCCCCUUGACUCAGCAAACCUCACUCCCCAAGUCCUGCAAGCAAACCACUCCUAUUUUCCUCUCUCUCUCUCUCUCUCUCUCUCUCUCUCUCUCUCUCUCUCUCUCUCUCUCUCUCUCUCUGACAAUGGAAAACUCACUGGACAAACCAGGACACAGCAAAUGGUGGUCCAGUGGGACCACCAUGUCUGAUAAUCAGAAAGCAUUGGUUAUCAUUGGUUAUCUAGUAGCCUGCAUUUGUUCUCAAAGCUUUCUACAAUGUUAUAGUGAGAUGACUAUAUAGAAAAAUAUCUAAUUUCUUUUUCAUUGCACAUUUUCUCAAACAUGAGGUAUUUAAUCCAAAAGAAUAGCCAAAGGCUUGAGAAGGCUUAGUAAGGAAAUUGUACAGAAGGCACUUCUGUGCUAUUAAAAGUCGAGAAACUGUUAUAGCAAGGAAACAUUGUGCAAUAUGUUCAGAAAUAAGGAGGGGUUUUUUUAUCUUGCAAAAAAUACAGCAGUGAACUGCAUGCAUCACUAAAAUGUCCCACUGGUUGCCUACCAUGCCAGAGAGGAAGGGGCAGUAGCUGGUUCUGCCAGGACAAGUGUUCUGCCAAUGGUGUUUGGUGAUUAUUACAAACUAAACACAGCCCAGGAAGUGGAGGAAAGAGCAAUAAAUCGAAGGACUUGGACUACACUUUUACAGUCUGCCGGCGCUCACCAACUUAAUUUACUCAGACUAGGGAAAAGUGUGUCUCAGUAAACAAACUGAAGCUGCUGCUAUUCCGACAUGAACCCUGACAUUUGCUGGCCUGAUGCAGCUUUUCUACCUGUCUCUUCCUCAGAGCUGCUGCAUACACACACACAAGACUUCCAUGCUGCCAGAGACGCAGAUGCGGGCUGCCUGGCUGGUUUCAGCUGCCAUUAUUCUCCUAUAACCUUGGCGAUUGGGAUAUGUAACAUCCCCAGGAGGUACAGUUCCUAACUGCCCAGCGGUUGAGAGCUAUGCCCACCAGUUCUAGGUUUGGUCUUUGGUCAGUGGAGUUGAUGAUUAUGUUUCCUUCAAUUAGUGUAAAUCAUGCUGAGCGUCUGGUAUGUGCUCUAUGCUCUAUAAGGGAAAAUUCCCUCCCAUGUGAAAAUAAUGUAUCCAUGUGUGUGCAUUGUUGUACUUGAAUUGUGUGCACUGUUGUGUAUUAAUGCAUAUAGGCCACACUCAGACAUCUACAAUGGCUUCGAAGCUUUUGAUUCCAUUUAAAUGGACUCCAUGCCCUUGGCAUGUGCUAUGUAAGUGUUUAUGAACUUUUUCCAGGCCCAUUUAUUUAUGAUGUGACAUGGUAGACAAUCGUGUUGGCUUUGUGUUCUUGUUUUUCAAGAAAAUCAAUGUACAUACUACUAAGCAAGUGAAUAAAUUAUUAAAAUAUAGAUGUAUGGCUCAUGCCCACUGUUAAAAAUAAAUUUAUCUUAUUUGUUUCAUAAUAUGUUUGCCACGAUGAUGAAAAUUUAUAUGGUCCUUAUACAUAUCGAUGCCGUGUAUUUAAGCUUUGUUCAAUAUUGAUGAGUGUUCCCUAAUAAAGUAUUUUAAACCUCUUUCUCUAAAUACACAAGGCCCUCACUA